CCUUCGACAUGGACAUAUCGAAAUCUUCAGGUUACAAAGAUUUCGUAUGGGCAAUUGAAAUAAACCGUCUAAGCUUAGAAUUAGUCGGCUUAUGGCCUAAAAUUGAUGGAAUUUCUAAAAGAAGAUUCGAUUCUGACAUUCGUGCGGGUUUUGCUUUCAUUAUGAUAGCUUUUGUCUCUGGUAUUCCUCUUGUACAUGGACUUAUACGAGUUUGGGGCAAUAUGGCGCUAAUGAUAGACAAUUUACGUAUCACAUUACCUAUGUUGACGGUUUUAUUAGAACUUGUUAUCAUGUGGUGGAAACAAUCAGUCAUAUUAUCCAUCGUAAAGACGAUGGUGGAAGACUGGACAACAUUCAAAUUAACCGCGCAAAGAGACGUGAUGAUAAAACAAGCACGGAUUGCACGGUUGCUCAUAAUUUUCGAAUACGUUAUAAUGGGAACGGCAUUUGUCAUCCUAAUUAUUCUUCCCUGUUUUGGCAUACAAAUUAGGUAUCCAACGAAUCUUACGGAUCGGAACAAACCGUUACCGCUACAGACGUAUUACAUCUACGAUACCGAUAAGGAUCUGCAAUUUGUGCUGACGUUUCUCUCACAAGCCAUAGCGAUGUUUCUGAUAGUAAUAAUAUACGUUGCUGUAAACGCAUUCCUGGCAUUUGUGAUUCUUCAUAUCUGCGGUCAAUUGGAGAAUUUCAAGCAACAAAUAAUCAAUUUAGUCUCGUGCAAAGAUUUCAACAAAGCUCUGAGCAGCAGCAUAGUGACUCAUUUACGUCUUAUCAGGUGGGUUUGAUGGUAACAAUGUAAUGAAAGUUUGUUACAAUC